UCGACCCGGCGCUGUGGCCGCCCUCCCACCGCGCGCUUAGAGCCUCCCUUCGGCCCAGCACUGUCGCGUCUGUCGUCGUCCUUGGCACUCCUGUGCCCCUCUAUCAGAGGGCACCGAGGGGUACCUGCAGAUGGGAGAUAGUAGCGUAACUGAUAUGACGGCCGCCGUGGGCAAAACGGAGGCCUCGAGAGAUGGUUCGACCAGCUCUAUCGCAUCCUCACCCGAGCCCGACGUCGGAACUUAUACCCAAGAGCUCCCGCAGCAGCAGAAGCGAAAAGGCGGGCGCAAACCAAUAUACGCAACGUCCGAGGAGCGCAAGCAGCGCAAUAGACAAGCACAGGCUGCCUUCCGCGAGCGACGCACCGAGUAUAUCAAGCAGCUGGAGAGCACCAUUAAGCACCACGAAGAGGCGCUGCAGAAUCUUCAGAAUAGUCACCGCUCGGCGUCAGACGAAUGCCUAAUGCUCCGGUACAAGAAUUCUCUACUCGAGAGGAUCUUACUUGAGAAAGGCAUCGACGUCCAGGCCGAGCUGCGCGCAAAGACUGGCAGCCCCAACCUCGGCCCGACACGUGCUCCUGCCUCCGCGAACACAUCCCCUAACCAGCCACCCCUACAGCAGCGCGCAAUGAUGAAUAGACAACAGCAGGCACGACGGUCAAUUGGAGCACCGCCCAAGGCUGAAGGUCCGCAUGGUUUGCCUAUGAUACAACCUGAUGGAGCCCUAUCAAACCGUUCACCACUCUCACAGCCCACCCCCGGCUCGCACAUUUCUUCCCCCUCCACUACCGCAACCCGAUCUCCCAACUUCAUCCCCCAGGGCGCCUCGGUCUCUCCCAACUUUGGCCCCAUUCCCCAACAGCAGCCCCAACACUUGCGACCGCAGCCUCCUAGGUCGAGCUACACCCCAAUGAUGGGUCCACAGCGGCCGUCACUGAUCACGAACCAGCCCCCUUCGAAUGGGCUAUCGAGCGCCUCCACUGUCGGAAGUGGAGCAAGUAUAAUGACGCAGAGUAGCACGAGCGGUGGUCCAUCGUCGUACUACGCCUCUCCAUUCGAGAGUCAUAUGAACCAGCUCGAGCAAGAGUACGAUGAGCAAGCCGACAUGCUUGACGAAGACCCCAGUGACCAGUCCGCUGGUCCUGGCCCAUUCCCACAAACGUUCCCACCGCCUGCCUCAAUGCAAUCGCAGAGCAUGCAACCGCCGAUGCCACCCGCGCAGAACCCGCCGUUCACGUCUCCUGCCGCGCUCGCGCCGAGCGAUACAAAUGGAGGCCAGGUUUUUAACAUGCCGAAUCAUCUCUUUGACCCCUACGACCCGAUGCUCGAUGCGGAUCCCUUCGGCUUAUCCGCAAGCAUGACCUUCCCGACCUCAUUCUCGUAUGACACGAGAUAGUAAUAAGAAGAAGCAUGUAAAGACGGAGGGUCAAGAUGGUAUUCU